AUGGCUGCCACCGAUUUGUCGCAGCAGCUCGAAACCCCAGCUGUUAAUGCGGGUCUUCCAACCGAUUUCAAGGGAAUAGAAGGCUCGAUUCCUCAAUCUUUGCUUGGCUGGCUACGCCCAACAUCCGCUGACACACCACUUGCCGAGAUGAGACGUCGUUUGAUGGAAGAUGAAUACGUCUGGGUCAAGGGACUGCUUCCUCGAGAAGACGUCCUUGAGAUGCGAAAGCAUUAUUUCUCCCAUUUCAAGGACUUUGGCUUAUUGAAACCUGGAACAGACCCCGUUGACGGGAUCUAUAAUUCCGAGGAGGAUGUCACACUCCACAACGGCAUCGGUGGCGGCGAGCCGACAGGUGAUGAACUUCAAGCUCUCGUGACAGCUCACGUCCAGCAACAGUACUUAGAGUUCGUGGCGCAUCCAAAGCUACGUGCUGCGGUGAGAGGGCUGAUGGGCUGGGACGAAGAAGUAAUGCUGUUGAGAACCAUGCUGCGGCACAAUAUCCCCGGCGGGAAAUCGACUGGAAUUCACUACGACAAGCUCUUCCUCCGAGGUGGAGAUGCAUUCUUUCUGACUGCGUGGGUACCUAUUGGCGAUUUCAGUCCUGUCGGUGGGGGACUGUUUUAUCUGGAAAACGGUGUUGAACUUGCGGAAGCUAUCGAAGAUGACUUCACUGAGCGGGCUGAGGGCUUCUCCAUGGAAGAGAAGGUUUCGGCAUUCAAUAGCAACAUGUCUGCCACGGGCGUGAUUGGGACAGAUCCAAUGACCUUUCAGAAAGACCACGAGCACUUUUCAUCGAAGGGCACCUUUCGCUGGCUGGUUGCGCCUUACGAAGCUGGUGAUGUCGUCUUUCAUCUUCCGUACACCAUUCAUUCUGCAGGCGGCAAUCAAGACCCGGGCGGAAAGAUCCGUCUGAGCACGGAUUUACGCUUUUACGACCAGAAGGACCAUGAUUUUGGAACAAUCGACAGACGCUGGAUGAAGUACUGGACGCCGGCAGAUGGCCUUUGA